AGAGCAGAGCUCGAUCGAAGUGCAACACUCUGCUAGAUUACAUCACAUAUAGCUGCUACAACUCACUGCAGCUAGUAGUACUAACUAGUAGCUAGGUAGCUACGUGAUCGUGAUCAUGGCGUUAGUGCGGGAGCUGAUGGUGUCGUACGACGGCGGGUUCGACGCCGAAGCAUCGGCGUUCGACGCGCUCGGCUACAGCGGCCACGACGCGCUGCUCGGAGGCGUCGACGCGGCGGCGCUCUUCGGGGGCUACGCCUACGUCCACGACGAACCAGCCGGCGCCACCAGCGCCUACGUGCUGGACAGCGCAAGCUGGGCGAGAGCGGGGCCUUCCGUGCUCUCGUUCGACCACGCCGCGCGGGGCCACGCGGCCCAGGCGGUCGCGGAGGAGGAGCCCGACUGCGACGCGUGGAUGGACGACAUGGACGUAGAUCAGGGCCAUCAGCACGCGGCGCCGGCGUCGACCAUAGGGUUCGACCCGGCCACGGGCUGCUUCAGCCUGACACAGAGCUCCGUCGGCGCGCGGCGGCCGUUCGGGCUCCUGUUCCCGAGCACGUCCAACGGCUCGCCGGAUGCCGCGGCGCUGGCGCGCGGUUCCUCGAAGCGAUCGUACGCGGCGCGCGUGCAGGACCAGGACGCGGAGCCGCGGGCCACCAAGAAGCGGUGCGGUGCGAGCAGGAAGACGAGCAAGGCGAAGCCGGCGGCGCCCACCAUCACCUCGCCCAAGGGGGACCCGCAAAGCCUCACCGCAAAGAACCGGCGGGAGAAGAUCAGUGAACGGCUCCGGACACUGCAGGAGCUGGUGCCCAACGGCACCAAGGUCGACAUGGUCACCAUGCUAGAGAAGGCAUUCAGCUACGUCAAGUUCCUGCAGCUGCAAGUCAAGGUGCUGGCAACGGACGAGUUCUGGCCGGCGCAAGGGGGAACGGCGCCGGAGAUCUCCCAGGUGAAGGAGGUGCUGGACGCCAUCUUAUCGUCGCAGAGGGGGCAACUGAACUGAACAGCUUAGCUAGCCUCCGUGGCAAACGUAUAAGGAUAUGGUAGAGAUUAAUCAGUAACGAACCACCUCGUUCGAAGAUAAAUAAGGAGGCGUAUGCAAACGUAGGUCCUCUGGUUUACUCUCGCCACUAUGUACCCUAUUACAGGGGACCUAGGUUGCGUUAUAUGUACGUACUUGAUCUGGUGCAGUGAUUUAGAGGGAGAGAGGUUUAACAUUUUGUUAAUCCUAAGUUUUUUUG